AUGAAAAUUCCGAUCUGGCCGGGACCCGCAGUAAAGUUGAACUCGGUUUUCACAACGAUUGAUAUCAAUAUCAAAAGUUCAGCACAUAAGAUUUACCCCAACGAGAGGAGAGAAAAAAUGCCUGCCAAGGUUUCAACCGACGGCCUGAAGAGGAAACGAGCUCCCACAAAGGAGAGGUCAAAGAAGCGCGCCAAAUCGGAAUCUGAGUCCGAGUCUGAAGCAUCUGAAGCAGAGAGCGACGAGAGCAACGACCCUCAGGCUGAGAUCCUGCUGCUCGAAAAUGAGAUCCUGGAAUCGAAGAAGCACUACAACAACAUCACAAAACUAAUCCAGAUCGCCGGAACUCACGAGGAUGAGCCAGAGGCCGCAACAUUGGCCUGCGUGGCCCUGUGCAGAGUUUUUGUGAGAUUACUCUCGGCGGGAGCUCUGGCUUUCAGGGCGGGCCAGGCUGAGAAGGAGAAGGUGGUUGUGCAGUGGCUGAGGGAACGGUACUCCGAGUACAAGGGCGUUCUCGCUUCGCUCCUCGAAGAGGAAGAUCUGGCUUCAACUGCGUUGACGCUGGCUAUGAGAUGUCUCAAGGCGGAGGCUCAGUACUUCACCGAGAAGGAGGAGUACACGUUCCCUCAUCUCUUCAUUGAGCAAAUCGUUAGGAGCCUGUUGGCAUCAGCCAGUGAUGAUAUUCGUGUCGAGUUUGUCGAAAAAUACCUGACAGAAUACGACGAUAUUCGUUUCUUCACACUAAAAGCUGUCAAAUCUCUGGCCGAGAACCCUGGGUCUUUGCCCAAGGGGGAGGUCUUUGAUGACACUUUCGAGCUGCUCUCAAACAUUGGCGAUGUGCCGAAAGAAUUAGGAAACUUCUACGCCGAAAAGCCGAAGAAGAAGUCGCACAACGUCAACUCUGCGCACCAGCACAAGAAGCAGGGCCAAGAUGCCUGGCUUGCGGUUUUGAGGUUGGCAGUGACAAGGGAACAGCGAAAGCAGAUUCUGGACGUCAUGUCUAAGGAGAUUGCCCCGUGGUUCAUCCGCCCAGAGCUGCUCGCCGAUUUCCUGACGGAUUCCUAUGACGCGGGCGGCUCCAUCUCGCUGCUCGCGCUCUCUGGUGUUUUCUACCUCAUCCAGGAACGAAACCUCGACUACCCGUCAUUUUACACCAAGCUCUACUCCCUCCUGGACCGCGAUAUUCUGCAUUCCAAGUACCGCUCGAGGUUCUUCCGGUUAAUGGACACCUUCCUCUGCUCGACUCAUUUACCUGCGGUGCUGGUGGCUAGCUUCAUCAAGAGGCUUGCGCGGCUCAGCCUCAAUGCUCCCCCGAGCGCCGUCGUCUUCAUCGUGCCCUGGAUGUACAACAUUCUCAAGAGGCACCCUCUGUGCACGUUCAUGAUCCACAGAGAGACGAAGGACCCGGAAAUUAAGGCGCUCAUGGAGACGCAGGGCCUUAACGACCCGUUCCUGGCCGAUGAGGUAGAUCCUAUGGAAACGCACGCCAUCGACAGCUGUCUGUGGGAAAUCGUGCAGCUGCAGUCGCACUACCACCCCAACGUGGCGACGAUCGCCAAGAUUAUGUCAGAGCAGUUUACCAAGCAAUCCUACAACAUUGAGGACUUUCUUGACCACUCGUACAGCAGUUUGCUCGAGGCCGAGAUGGGCAAGCAGGUCAGGAAGCCGCCCGUGAUCGAGUUCCAGAUCCCCAAGAAGGUGUUCCUUCCGAACGAGCCGGAGUCUGGGGUCCAAGAUAGCCUGGUAGCGAAGCUGUGGAACUUUCAGUGA